UCGAAUUUUUCAAUUACUUUUCCUACGCUCCGGUGGUCUGUCCAGUCCGCUCCUAAAAUGUUCUUUAAGGUGUUAGCAUUCGCAAGUAUAUUGGUGUUAGUAGCUGCAUAUCCUAGUCCAGAACAUGAAUAUGAGGGCUACCACGAGGGUGGUUACCGAGGUCACGGUCACCACGACGAUCAUGUGGAUUAUCACGCGCACCCGAAAUACUCGUUCAAGUACGGCGUGCACGACGGUCACACAGGUGACGUGAAGAGUCAGCACGAGACCCGCGACGGCGACGUGGUGAAGGGCUCUUACUCGGUGCACGACCCGGACGGCACGAUCCGGACGGUGGAGUACACCGCCGACAAACACAACGGCUUCAACGCCGUCGUCCACAAGAGCGGCCACUCCGUCCACCCGCAGCACUACAAGACCGGAGACGGAGAGUCCCACGGCAACUACGGACACUACUAGACCACCCGUUCCCGCAGGAGAAGGACCCAUCAAAAUGAUAUAGCAGGAUCCAAGUAUUCUUGCAUUUUACAUUUUCAUAUUGCCUAUCCGGAGAAUUGAAGGCGCUUUUAGCAUGGACUCACGGCGAUGACGGAUACCGCGGAGACCCGCAUUGACAAAAAUGACCUCUCGGAAUGAAAAAGCAGAAUACUUGUACCCUUGCGUGAUGGAUGUCUAAGCUGCCGCUCGGAAGAUUGAAGGCGCUUUCAAAAUUGACUAUCGGCAACUACGGACGCUAUGAAACUGCAUAUCUACGUAGGUUAAGGACCCAUAAAAGUGAAACAACAGGAUGCAAAUAUGCUUACGCAUCGGAUGUUUGUGUUGCCUAUUUUGAAAACUGAAGGCGCUUUUUAAACUGCUUCACGGCAGCUACCGACACUAUUGAUCCACCUACUCACGACACUUUGUUGAUUUUGUGAUCAUUUUCCGCUCAACUUCUUCUCCUUCAUCCUCUGUCUUUCGAUUCCUUCUCUUCAUUUCCGUUCCAAUUUGAAUGCCAAACUAGCGUGUAAAAGAGUGAUGCACCUCUGCUAGAAUCUCGAAAGUUUCCCACUUCAAAAGUUUGAAAUGCCACUACGAAUCAUAUGACUUUAUUAACCGAUCACUUUUUCAAGAAGCAUUGUGUGCGUAUUCAGCAAACUAUUUCAAAUUACUCCACUUUUCCAUUUACCAACCAAUGGGUCGUUCUACUUAGAAUAACGAACAAAAUUACUAUCUCAGUCUUUCUUCUUUUGAUACUAAAACAUUAUGGAUAGAAUUUCUUCCUGAGGAUCAACCCCUUUUCUUAUAAACAUUACUAACGCAUAUCAUUCUGAUACUUAAAAUAAUAUGAUUUAUAAGAGGUACCUUCGUUCGUACUUUCAUUCCCACACAUAAACCGCUUCGGUCCAGUUACUUGAAGGCCUUUAUAGCUCCGCAAUACCGCAUUAUACAAAUUUUUACACUCCUCUACUAUUGUUUUCUCAGUUUCUCUGAGUUUUUUGUUUCUUGCUCUACGAUCCGAUAUACCUACUAUCCUCAACACCCAAUGGACUCAGCAACCAAGCAUUUGGGACUAAUUAAUCUUUUCACUGACCUUAACGAUAUUAUUAGCUGCUUUGACACUUCCUUCAACACUUUAACAGUCCACACAUUCAUUCAACCUACCUAUUGAUAACGAUAUCUUCGUACCUCAAAGAGCUUCUAAUAAACUAACUCUCCCUAGGCGGCACAAACGCCUUGAGUAUCGAGCAAGAUUUAACAUAUUUCGAUAUGUUUCAUAGAACUGGAAUUUUGUUUUUUCAUUGAAGAUUUGUCUUGUAAGGCCAAGCAUUAUUUACUUUUUUAAAAUUUUAGCAAAUGAGUGGUGGGAUUUUUUUCUUAAUGGUAUUGGUCAGUUCAGUGAAGCCAAACAAUAAAGGAUUAACCUUCGUAUUGGAAAGUAAUGCACCACAAAUAUUGAAAUAAGUAUUUGAAGGCUGUGAUGCCAUUUUACACGUAGAUUUGCCAACAUGACAUUUUUUGAGAAAUUUUUCGAUGAUAUAAUUAAUUUUUAGUUGUAAGUCCUCCGGUUAUGAAGAGAAUGCAAUAUUUGUAUAGUUUGAUUAUUUACUCAAUAGAUAAAUUUUUUGAAACCAACUAUUUUGAACUUGGAAGUUGCCUCAAACAAAUUGAGGUUGUAUCGUAAUAACUUGAGCCCUCCCAUCAAAGAAUUCGAUACAUUUUUGCUAAAAAUUAUGAAAACCUAUCCUUACCUACCGAAAUAAUCUGCAACGAAUCGAAUUCAUUGAUACAUAGGUGAAUGUCUGGAAGUUAUCAAUUGUAGCAUUAAUACCCUCUUCUCUCAUUUUAAAAAUUCAGUUUUAAAAAUUUCAUCCUCUCUAAAGUUGUUUUCUUACAAAUUAGAUCGAACUGUGCUUUAAACCUGAAGACUUUGCCAAAUAUUAUCAAAUAUAACUAUAAUGCCAAACUGUUGCACAUUGCCCAUCAGCGAACAUUUAUUUUUAAUUUUUAUUUUUAUUUUCUUGUGAACUGAAAUAUAAUAGCUAUACUUCUUUGAUGCUUUCAUCCAGAUUCUUCAGACCAUUUGAUGCACAUUUAAGUUCACGCAGAAGGAAUAAAAAAAUAUAUUUUGAUUCCAUGUUAAGAGCGUACAUUUAAAAAUUCAAUGCCUCAAAAAAAUGUCAGUUCAAGGGUUCAUUUUCAAAACAACUUCUAAGCAAUAAUACCUACCCGUUGAAUAAAUUUGAUGGUACCAUCCAACGCUCCUCAUUAAAUCGUUCCUGGUAAAAAACAAGUUUGCAUAUUUCGGAUAUAAAACCAUUUCAUACCAUUUCAUUAUGUGUUCACUUUUCGUAGAAAAUGUAAGUAGACUUAUUGUAUUAGUAUAGUCCUACCACAAACUCUCAGGCUGAAAAAAUGGAACAUACCUUCGUGGUUGUUCCCUGGCUCAAUUGACAAGCAUAAUUUUUGAGCUCAAAACCAUUUCAAAAUCGGAGGCCAGUGAUUUUAUUCAUAAUUAUAAGUUAGCUGUAAAUUGUGUACAUAAACUCUUUCAUUAAAAACCUGUAUUGGUUGAACGUAAUCAUUUUUAUUAGAACGAUUAAACGGUUUGUAUUUGCAUAAUAUUUUUUUCCAGCAGAAAUACAAGGUUCACUCGUGAUAAAUGAUAAAAAAAUCAAUGUAAC